UAUGACGUUAAACUGAUGAUGUCUGAUCAACAGUAUCUUUUCUUGUUUUUCAGGGAAAUGUGAAUGUGAACCACAUAAGUUCUUGGAGGACGUUCAAGACAUUUCAACAACCAGACUGAGCCAAUUUCAUGGAUCAAGAAAGUCAUUUGCGUCCCGGAGAUGAUGAAGAACCGAUAGCUCUCAUUUUUCGGGCGUUUCUAGGACUACAGACUGCUGUCAUCAUGAUGAUGUCACGCAUCCGUCAGAGAGUCAUACAGGGCUUUAUUGUAUUCUCCUUCAUCUUCCUGCUCCUCUGGAUCUCUGCUUUUUUAUACGGGAGCUUCUACUACUCCUACAUGCCGAAGGCGGCUUUUUCCACACCUGUGCACUAUUUCUACAGGACUGACUGUGAAUCUCCUACCCAUUUUCAUUGCUCUUAUCCAGUGGCCAACAUCUCCCUGCUAAAGAAUAAGAAUCAUGUGCUGACAUUCGGCCAGGCCUACCGGAUGUCUCUGCAGCUGGACAUGCCUGAUUCUCCGACCAAUCAGGAUCUGGGGAUGUUCAUGAUUAAGACCACCUGUUUUUCUCGGGAUGGAGGGUCAGUGGCCUCCUCUGCUCGCUCUGCAAGACAGCUGCUGUCCGCCUCCAGCUCUCGCUUUAGCAUGCUGCGGUACCGGUCAGACCUGCUGAGGUACCUGGGCACUGUGCUGUUCCUCCCGGCCUUUGUGACCGGAGUCGCUGAGCAGAAACAAGUGCUGGAGGUGGAGCUGUUCUCAGACUACACAGACGACCCUUACGUCCCCUCGGUGACAGCUGUCAUUGAGAUCCUGUCCAACAAGGUGCAGAUCUACUCGUCUCAGCUCUACAUUCAUGCUCAUUUCACUGGUAUCCGAUACUUGUUGUUCAACUUCCCUCUCACAUCAGCACUGGUGGGAGUGUCCAGCAAUUUCGUCUUCCUCAGUCUCCUCUUCAUCCUCAGCUACGUGAGGCUGUUGUUCAAAGUGGACUGGGGUCCAGAGCAGCUCGUAGCAGAUGGACUGCUGUCAGAUGGAGACAACAGCAUGAACAACAACCAACAAGAGGAGGACAAAGAUGCUGCAGUAGAGCUGAUGGGUCCCCUCCAGAUGACCGCCACAGAUCUGAGCCAGCAGAGGCCCCAUCUGCAGUUUAGUGACAACACAGAGGCUCAGAACAGACAAAUAAAUGAAUCAGAGACAGCCUGAUGCCUUUAUAACGGAGGAGAAGAAAGAGAGGUGACAAGUUGUAAGGAUGAAGAUAUGAGAGAGAGAGAGAGAUGUUGUUGAAAGUGACUCACAGAGUACCCACUCCCCUCUGAGACUUCCUGUUUGAGUUGUGGAUGUGUUUUAAUGUUAGGAUCCUUUGAUUUAUGGGACUAACUCACCUGGACACAGUGCCUGAAAUGGACUCUACUCACCAGUACUGAGUCCUGAGUUCUUAUUUUACCCUCACUUUGACUUAUUAUCAGUAUUAUUAAUAGGCUGAUAUGUAUGUGAAAAUAGGCUAUAUACCAUGAUUUAUUGGGAGAAACCAAGCAAUAUGCUUGCAAUAUGCAAAUCAAACGAUCCUUUGCAUCAUAACCACAUUUUCCGCUAGAGUGAGAGUCAGUCAAAAUAGGCUAUCAUAGGCUGUCAAUCAUUAAAUGGUCAAAUAUUCAGGGUCACUGCUACAUGAUAUAACUAUGAAUAUAUCCAAGAUUGGCACCUUUUUUUGGUCCAAAUUAAGCACUGCUUAUAACUCCGUCACUUCAUGCAAAUCUCUCAUUGUCUGACACUUUUUAUAUCUUUGCACUUCAUUGCUGUUAUCUGGUGUUCACCAAAAUUAUUAAAAAUUAAAUAAAUAUAUAAAACAUAAUGAAGUUAAUGAGCAUAUUAUAUGAAUACAUACUGACAAAAUAUGAUGAGGUAACCAUGAAGUUGGGAAUUAAUAGGAUAACUAUCAUGAAUUUAUAUUUCAUAUUUCAUCCUGACAGGUAGUUUGUGUUUCAUUUCUCUUGUUUUUAUUUUAAAUCAGCUUUGAAACGUUGCAUAUUAGAGCAGUUUCUUUUGCAGAUUAUAAAUAUAUGUUGGCUGAAAUGUUACUUUAAAAUGCUUUAAACCUGUUUUGUUACUUCAUCAAAAUGUAAAAUUAUGAUAAAAGCAUGUGAGGCAACAUGUGCAUCUCUUUUUAUCCAAAAAAAUCUUAAAUAUAUUGAGUGUUUAAAAGUGCCAUCUACAACUGUAUUCCAAUACACUUUCUGCUUGUUGUGUGUGUGUGCUGAAAUAAAAUCCUGUGUUCAUAUACAACCCUGGUUCUGUAAAGUGUGAA